CGAGGCCUUGAGACUUCAUGUGUCUAUAAAAAGAGCUCUCCUCCUCUGAGGAGGCAGCAGCAGACCCUCUCCGACUGAGCAUUUCAUCAGAGCAGAGAAGAGGCAGGAGAGGAGGAGGAGAGGGAUCCCGGUGAAGAAGUCGCCACUCUGGAAGAUCUGUGGACAGACACAAGGAGAAGAGCGAGGAGAGGGAGACAUUUGGAAAAGGCUGAAGAUGCUGUGUCUACGUUGGCUCUCGGUAGCGAUGAUGGCGUACGCGUGCGUCCCAGGGUUUGGGUCCGUGUGCCUGAACAGCUCCAUCUGCAAGAACCUGAGCACCGAGCGAAGGAUCCAGAACUGUAUUCGCCUCUGCAUACAGAAGAUCCAGGCAGAGCUGCCGCAGCUCAAUGAAUUGGCCUUGAAGAUGGACGACGAAAAACACCUCUUACUCAGCAUCAUUCUGGCCAUCCUGGCCUCCAGCGAAGACAAGGUACCGGGAGUGAAACCCCACAGCAACGAGCGACGCUCCUACUCUAUGGAGCAUUUCCGCUGGGGGAAACCAACUGGCCGCAAACGUCGGCCCAUCAAAGUCUUCAUGUCAUCUCUGGAGGGAGGGGGCUCCUCUGAGGUCGGCUUCCCCGCUCAGGUUCGCAGGCAGCUGGGUGGUACUGAGGACAAGACGAGGGGCGACCUGAACCAACAAAACCAGGAAAUGCAGAGGGCAAAGGUCAAGUCACAAGUGCCACUGAGCCCGCAGCACAGAAAAGAUGGGAGCUAUCGCAUGAGCCAUUUCAGAUGGGGCAACCCACCCACCUCGAAGCGUAACGGCAGCUUUAUGAGGCCGAUGAAGGAGAAAUCUAAGGCCCAGCUGGCUAAGCUCUUGAGGAACAUUCUACACAAGGAUGUGCAGAGGAUAAUAGGAUGAACGGAGCAGAACGGCAGGUCGAACAAGUCCGAUAGCCGUUGCAUGUUAUGACCCACAGAUAUGAAUUAUUAUAUGUUACAGGAUCUUCUUGUCACCAUUUGCAUGUUUUUGAAUGUAUUUUUUGAGCCAAAGGUUUGUUUCAUUUAAUCUUGAUUAAAAAUAACGAGUCGGUUUUAUGUUGAAUUAAAAGCUAUGUUGCAGCCACUGA